AUGAGCCCGGUGGAUACAACGCCCGUAACACCGUUCCCGAUAUGGGCGCGGGACAUCGCAAGUGAUCUGAAGGAGGCACCCGAAACUUUGUCGAGUUGGGACAAUUGCAUGGCCAAAUCCUAUUGCAAUCAACCUCCUCCGAUGCAACCGCCACCCAUUCAACCCCCUGCGCCGGUCAACGAUCCCUAUAAACCGUCUCCGUCGCCGGCCACAGGAUACCGCGGCGCGCAGGUGGCGCGCUUCGAUUCCCCAUCGAGCCCUAGUCAUGGCAAGUUCAAUGAGGAUGCUCUGCCUGCCAUGCCUACCUGGGAUAAUGCUGUGAAUAGGAGAGUCGAGGAUUCAGACCCCCACUCAGAGGCGAUGGAAAUGGAACCCUUGAACGCAGCGAACAAACCUCCUCAUCGGACGCCCUCCGCCCCUCGAUCGAACGCAAGUGGUUAUAAUGGUGCGGGCUACAACGGCAGUGAAUACGGUAGUGACUACAACGACAGUAGCUACAAUGGAGGUGGUCACCAUGGCCCCGGUUACAUGGGCGUUCCACCCCUUCGAACGGGCGGGUCCGGUUUCCACCCCGAGUCUCGGGCACACGACAUUCCGAGAGCAUACACUCCUCAUUCUCCUGCCGUGGGGUCUCCGGCACCCAUGCUUCCAUACGAGCAACAACCUUACCAUGAUUACUCCCCUGCGAACGGUGCAGGCCCUUGGGAUUCAAGAUCACCCGUCCCGAGAACCUACACUCCCCAACCGCAGUAUAUGGCCAUGGGCCCGGCCAUGUCUCCCGCGGCAGAAGCUCCUCGUCCAAUCCCUUAUCGCCAACCCUCCCCGGGCUUCGCGCAGACGCCUAUGGGACAUUCUAUCUCUCCCAUGGAUGGUCCUCGCCCGAUCCCAUACCGGCAACCCUCUCCAGGCUUCAACCAGGCGUCUAUGGGACAGUCUAUCUCUCCCAUGGAUGGUCCUCGCCCGGUCCCAUACCGACAACCCUCCCCAGGAUUUAACCAGGCACCUGUCUAUCAGGCUAUGUCCCCAAGUAUUCCUUCGUCGCCGCCUCCGCCAUUCACUGCUACGGCUGCUCCUCACGAAAUGACCGCCGACUCGGGCCGGCCCCCGAGUCUGCUGCAGAGUGGACGCAAGCCGGCUCCUAACUCUUACCGAGACGUAUAA